CUAUACGUAUAAAGCCCAACCCAAAAAAAAAAAGCCACAUUCUUUUCUCUCUAUCAAAAAAGAAACCAGAAAUGGCGUGCAGGACCGCUUUGCGUUUUGUAUUCUUAGCGGAACCGUGGGGACCCGUUUAUCUCAAUCGGAGCACAGCAUGCGCUUCCUUGAGGACUCGUGGAUCUUCUCCUACUCUCAGUCUCAGGUUGAGCAGCAAAUUCAGGACCCGAGAUUUUCACACGGCGAGACGAGCUCAACUCAAUUGCUCUCACAACGAAACACCAUCUUCUUCAUCUGACGACCAGAACCCUCCUCAAGAAGCUGUUCUCAAAGCUAUUUCAGAGGUGUCUAAGACAGAAGGAAGAGUUGGACAAACCACGAAUGUGGUGAUUGGUGGCACCGUGACUGACGAUUCAACCAAUGAAUGGCUUGCUUUGGAUCAGAAGGUGAAUUCAUACCCAACAGUAAGAGGGUUUACAGCAAUUGGAACUGGUGGUGAUGAUUUUGUGCAAGCUAUGGUUGUCGCUGUUGAAUCUGUAAUUCAACAACCAAUCCCUGAGGGUCGUGUUAGGCAGAAAGUGUCAUCAAGAGGAAAAUAUGUAUCUGUGAACAUUGGACCCGUUCAAGUAGUUUCCAGUGAGCAGGUCCAAGCUGUAUACAAUGCCAUGAGGAGAGAUGAACGGAUGAAGUACUUUUUGUAGUGUUUCUAUCAUUCUAAUUUUUUAUAGAUUGCUGAUCAUCUAGAGCUGCAUGAUUGUCCCAUUCUAUUCACCUCAGUUUCUCUUGCUCUCUUUCCAUGUUAGCAUGGCUUAUGUUCUUUAAUUAACCCAUGAUAUCAUUGUAGGCAAGGAAAUAAUAGUUCAAAAUUAUUCAAUUAAAUUAUUCUUACCUAUAAAAUAUAUAUAGUUCAAAAUUAAUCUAUUGUAUAUGCUCAAGAUUUAAUUGUUAUUGAUUUGUAACAAAAAAGUAGAGCACUGUGCCAAGCUUGUAAAAGAGUUCCAUUGCCUUCUGCCUAUAGUUGUAAGAGGCUCUAGGCAUGGAUAGUUUGGCAAGAAAUGUUAGGGCGCAUUGAAAGAGAGGA